CUUUGCAUUGUAAACACUGCACUGCAGUGUAAUUUCUUGUUUUUAAUUAAAUUUCUGUAAUUUCAAGGCAGAAUAAUGUCUAAAUUAGUUCACGUAGUAGAUGGAGAGGCUUCAGAAUCGGAUUCCGAAAUAGAAAUUGGUAAAUCGCCGUCCUUGGACCUACAAUCAGCGGAGGCAUUUGUUGUUGCCGGAGAAGCCCCAGAGUCCGAUGAUGAGGGCAGGCUGCCGACGCCCAUAGUGCUGGCAGACCUGGAUGUGCCGCUGCACGUGCCGUUCCAGCACCAGAACAAACUGCCUGGCUCCCUGCUGCAUCAGAAGUUGUGGGAAUGCAACGUGUCCCUCCGAGCGACCCUGGAGGGUCUGGUGAGGCAUACCACCGACAUAGCUGUGGAGAAGCUGACCAGAGCUGACAAGAUGCUGCUUAAUGGACAGGAAAGUAUGCGCGCUACAAACGCAAGCCUGACGCUGGCGCGGGCGCGGCUCAAGCAAAUACAUACGGAGCUAGAAAACGCGCACUGCAGCAGCGCUUUACCCACUGUUAGGAUUAAAUAAAUGCAAAUCGGAAUAAAUAAUAGUACUACCAAAGAGAAUAGAGAGUAUAGAGAGUUAC